UCUUAUUGUAGCCUACGUUUGGCUGAAGAGAGGAGCCAUGACGCUGGAUAGGCUUCACUCCUGUUAACGCGCUAUGAAAUAACCUGAAACAUUCACCUUGUGUUUCUUAUCAACCAGUAACCUCACGGACUCAUGGGGCUUCUACUGCUGAGCCUGAUUCUCCGGUACUGGAUCAACGCCGUGGAGGCAGGUUUGUGUUCAGCCGGCAGUGCUGUGACUUGUGACGACUGUCUGCAACUCAGCCCCCAGUGCGCCUGGUGCACACAGGAGAAUUUCACAGACUGGUUUUCAGUCACACAAAGAUGUGACACACUGGAUGUCUUACUGGAAAAGGGAUGUGCCAGGGACCUGCUGCAGUUCCCUGUUUCCAAACACCAGAUCCUCCAGGAUCAGCCACUUGGGAAGAAGAUGGGCAGCACUAAUAGCACACAGAUAUUCCCUCAAAAAAUGUCCCUCAAGCUCCGACCUGGCAGUGAGGUGACCUUCCAGGUGAAGGUUCAACACAAAGAGGACUAUCCUGUGGACAUGUACUACCUGAUGGACCUGUCAGCAUCCAUGAUCGACGAUCUGAAGAUGAUCAAAGACUUGGGCUCUACUUUGUCAAAAGAAAUGGCGAAGCUCACAAGUAAAUUUCGAAUGGGCUUUGGCUCUUUUGUGGAGAAACCCUUGUUGCCCUUCAUCAAGAUCACAGAAGAAGAACUGGCCAACCCGUGCAGCCGUAUAGACAACACCUGCUUACCGACGUUUGGCUACAAGCACGUCUUGUCUCUGACGAGCAACACCAGCAAGUUCAACGAGAUAAUCGCCGUGCAGCAUAUAUCUGCAAACAUUGACGACACGGAGUGUGGUUUCGACGCCAUCAUGCAAGCAGCCGUUUGUGGGGACAAGAUCGGCUGGAGGAACGACUCCAUGCGUUUGCUGGUGUUUGUCAGCGAUGGCAACUCACACUUCGGGAUGGACAGCAGGCUGGCCGGUAUUGUGAUUCCCAAUGACGGGCAGUGUCACCUGGAUGCCAACAAUGAAUACUCAAAGUCCACAGUGCAUGAAUAUCCAACUCUUGGUCAGCUGAUUGAUAAGCUGGUGGACAACAACAUCUUGCUGAUAUUUGCAGUGACAGAAGACCAGAAAGACAACUACAUGAACUAUGCAGAGCUCAUACCUGGUGCCACUGUUGGAGUCGUGGCGAAAGACUCGCGGAACAUCCUGGAACUGAUUGUAACAGCAUACAAAGAACUUCGCUCAGAGAUUGAACUAGAGGUCCUUGGAGCCACGAAGGAGCUGCACAUGUCUUUCACAACCGUUUGCCCUAAUGGAACUAUCCUCCCUGAUCUAAAACGCUGCUCCAACAUCAAACCAGGAGAGACGGUAGUGUUCAAUGUGUCUGUGGAGCUUCUGGGAUGCCUGUCAGGAGUUCGGCACUUUUCCCUCAGACCUGUAGGCCUUCAGGACAGUUUGGAGAUAGAAGUGCAGUCCCUUUGUUCCUGUGACUGUGAGCCUCCAAAGUCAGACAGCAGCCAGUGCAUUGAAGGCCAGGGGGUUUUCCAGUGCGGCGUGUGCAUAUGUCAGCCGGGCUUCCUGGGAGCGCAGUGCGAAUGCAAUGAGGAGAGCACUUUGUUGAGCAACUGCCUCGCAAACAAUCAGUCUGAAAUAUGCAGUGGUCAGGGGCAGUGCUACUGUGGACAGUGUGUGUGUCAUGCAUCCAGUUUUGGGCGCAUCUACGGUCCCUACUGCGAGUGUGACAAUUACUCCUGUGUUCUCUUCCGUGGGGAGCUCUGUGGAGGCCAUGGAGUGUGCGACUGCGGAGAGUGUGUUUGUGAACACGGAUGGAAAGGGCAGUACUGUAACUGCAGCACCAGCAUGGAGGCGUGCACAUCUAAGGAUGGCUCACUUUGCAGCGGCAGGGGGAAAUGUGUAUGUGGCCACUGUGUCUGCACUGUACCCGGAGCAUCUGGGGACAAGUGUGAGAAGUGUCCAACCUGUGGAAGCUCCUGUACAUCUGCAAGGACCUGUGUAGAGUGCCAUCUUCAAGAUCAGGAUGAUGCUGAGUCAUGUGAUCAAAGGUGCAGCGCUACUACAAUUUCCAUCAAUACAACAGGAGAUUAUGACAAGAGUCCUUCUAUGUCGUGCACGUUUAUGAUGAAGAAUGAGUGCUGGGCGUCAUUUAAAGUGGUGGAAGGUGAGACGGACACCACUGCCUAUGAUCUGCAGAUGUACGGAUGUCCAGAGCCACCCAACAUCCCCAUGAUUCUUCUCGGGGUCUCCCUUUCUGUCGUCUGUAUCGGCCUGAUCCUGCUGGGUGUGUGGAAGGUGUUGGUGUCAGUCCAUGACCAAAAGGAGGUGGCCAAGUUUGAGGCUGAGAGGGCAAAGGCAAACUGGCAGUCGGGGACCAACCCUCUGUUCAGGAGCUCAACAUCUACAUACAGAAAUGUAACUUAUAAAAAUGCACAGAAAGAAAAGACUAUCACAAUGAAUCACUACUGAUGACGAACUGGAUGCGUCUGAGUGCACUUAAGUGUGUGACUUUGUGUGUGUAUGAGACAGAGAAUAGUUUUUGUACGAAUCCCUGUGUUAAUUCAGAGAUGUCCUAGCACAGUAGACAACACUGUGAACAGACAAACACUGCGAGAUGAAUUUGCUGCUGUAGAAGUGCACUGUACUGUCAAACACUGGACAUUUCUAUUGCAUGGCCCUACAUGUACUGCAACUUGCAACUUGGUAAAGGAGAAGUCUACACUACAAGUGAUCUACUACUGAAUGAAAAUGUAUAAAUAUACAGGUGUAAGAGAUGUUUUUUUGGUAAUAAUGUGUCGAUUGUUUUACUGUAAAACAAGGCUGAGCCUUUAAUUUUAAUAACUGUUGUUCUGAGUUUUUUUUUUUAAUGGUAUGUGGCACAUAAUUAAAGUUGGAUUUGGCAUUU